AGAAGAAGUUCUCUCUCCUCCAGUCCUCCAACAUGGCGCCGGCCAGGAGAUUAAAACGCGUGGUGGCCUCACAGCCAGGUUUUAUCAAGUUAAAGUCCGUUUCGGGAGCUUCAGGUCCGGCUAGCGGUCGGAGAAAACGUCUGAACAAGAAUAAGAAGAAGAGUUGGAACAAACACAGCGAUAUCAACGACGUAGAUCAGUUUUUAGAAGACGUCAGGCUCCAGGAGAGGACCACGGGGGGUCUGCUGUCUGAGAAGUCAGAUGAGCAUUUGUUCUUUUUGGAUGCUGGACCACCAAAGAAACCUCAACUGAGGGUACAGGAACCUGUCGAGGAGAAGAAGGGGAAAGGGAAGGGUUCGCGUCCUCUGAGGAUAGACCUGAUCCUGCAGCGAGACUCCCUCGUUCCGGCACCUAAAGACGUGCUGGCCUACCAGCUGCCUAAUGCCAAGAAGCUCCGUCGCAUCGCCCACAAGGCCGAGGGGCUGGCAGCCAAAGGUGUGGUGCCAUGGAGGCAGAGAAAGCUGCUGAACAGACAGCCGGCCGACACGACGGCCAAGAAGGCAGCGACAGAGGCCAACAACAACCCAGACAGAGAAUACUACGACAUAUGGGGACAAGAGUCCAAAGAUACAUCUGACCCCUGGUACCUUCAACAGACGAAAAAGAGUCGUGUCAAGCGUCCAGAGAGGUUGAAUGAGAAGCCGUCGGUGCUUCCUGCGGUGGAGGUGAUCGCUCCCGGAGGAUCCUACAACCCGGACUUCUUCUCCCAUCAGGCCUUGCUGCAGGAGGCCCACGAGAUAGAGGUCAAGAAAAAGAAGGAGGAAGACAAAAUAAUUAAACAACUGGCCGUGAACAGAGACCACAUAGCAACAGAGGAGACGGUCUUCAGAGAGCAGGUGGAAGGCCUCGUGGAGGAGGAUAACGAAGAGGAAGAAGACGGUGCUAAUGAGGAAGAGGGUGUGGUAGUCGGAGCCAUCUCAGUGGCCGUGAAGAAGACCGAGAGACAGAGGAAGAAGGAGAGGGCGGACAAAAUUAAGGAUCAACGGCGACAGGCCAACAGACUGAAGUCUGACAAACGCCAGCAGCUCUUCCAGCUCCGCUCCAUAAAGACCUCCAUCAAAGAGCAGGAGGAGGACACCAAGGUCAAACAGACCCAACGCAAGAUCAAUCAGGAGGCCCAGAAGGCUCAACCCAGACGUCUCGGCAAACUCAAGUUUCAGGCUCAGGACAUGGAGGUUCAGCUGAGCGAUGAGCUGGCCGGCUCACUGCGACAACUCAAGCCAGAGGGCAGCGUCCUCAAGGACCGCUUCAAGAGUCUGCAGAAGAGGAACCUGAUCGAACCCAGAGAAAGAGCCAAGUUCAAGAGGAGGCUCAAGCUGAAGUACGUGGAGAAGAGGGCUUUCAGAGAGAUCACUUAAAGCCGUCCUGCAGACCACAGGAGCUGAACACAAGAAGCUCUGCAGCAUUUUAAAGCCACAAACGCAACAUAAUGGAACUGUGUGUAUAUACAACUUAAUGACCGGUGAGGGCCUGUUGGGCCCGUUCGGACAUGUACAACUGCUAACUGAUUAAUAUGUCACAUCAGUGAGAGAAACUGAAAUGAAAAUAUGUAUUUCCUG